AUGGAAACACUGCACUUCAUAUAUCUACCAUGCUCGGCCACAGAGCCAACAUUCUUAGAAGCUACUGCUCUGUUGUUGGCACAUAAUGCACCAGUGAAGGUGAAGAAUUGCGACGGUUGGAAUCCGCUAAUGGAAGCAGUUAGCUACGGCGACAGACAAAUAAUUACCGAAAUGCUUCGCAAGCUAAAGGCACAGUCUCGCACUGGUAUAUCAAGUCGUAAACCCUACCUAAUCAAAAUGAUGGAAGAGAUCGGAGAUUUUUACCUCGAACUUAAGUGGGACUUUCAAAGUUGGAGUGAGUCAGAAAGAGAGCUCUUCCAUUGUGGGAAGGCCAUUUGUAGUGUUGAUUUAGUUCCACUCCUUUCACGUAUGCUGCCAUCUGAUGUAUGCCAAAUAUACAAGAAGGGAACUCAGCUGCGUAUGGAUACCACUUUGGCUGAUUUCAACUUCUUUUCACUAUUCGCUUCUUUGUUUUCUGCCGUCAUAGGGAUUUUGAAGGUUUUUCAACGUGUUCGUCACGAUGAAUCUGAGGCCGAAGUAGACGAAGAAGUUGAUGUACUCAUGUCAUCGGACAUUGUAUCGGCGCAGAUGUCCACGAAGACGAUAACAUUCCGGCAAGCGUUUUCUGGAUGGGUGUUUAAGCAUGCGAGAGAGGAACGAAUCGGUGACUAUGAUGUGAACUUUUACCUCGUUGACGGGAUGAAACUAGUUUCGCGGAAAAGACGAGAACAUCUUACCGCCGAUGACAUCAAAAAGAACAAGUCUUUCAUGCAGUCUUUGGCAAGCGGUGCUGCUGUGGGUGAUGAGGAUUUCAAGAGUCUUCAACACCGAAAAUCUCUGGCUCCUCCUGGUCGUAUGCCCACAACUUGGGAAGAAUAUGUUGGUGCUGCUCCCGGCGCAGCACCGCCUUUGGGUAGAGCACAAAUCCUGAAGCAGAACGAGAAAAACUUUACUGCGAUCAUUGGCAUGAGCGAAGAUUUCCCAAUGCAUGUCGAUGUGUUACUUGACAUCCUUGAAAUUGUUGCCCCGUUCAAACAUCUUGAGAAGUUGCGGCGAUUCUGCGAAGCAAGACUACCACCUGGCUUCCCAGUUCGUGUCGAAAUUCCGCUCUUACCAACGAUUUCGGCAAAGGUCACGUUCCAAAAACUUCAGUUUGUGUCAAAUCUAUCGGACAAACUAUUUUUCAUUCCUACCUCGUACCGUGAAGAUCCAACAAGAUUCCCUGACUUGUGA